GCGGCAGCGGCAGGAGCAGCAGCCCCGCUCCCACCUGCCCGUGCCAGAGGCUGGAGCUGCGCCCGUCGCGGAGCGGCGUUUGGUGCCCGCGCCCCGGAGCCCCCGCGCCGCGGCCGUGCGGUGCCGCGUUCCGCUCGCCGAUGAGCGCCGCCGCUCUCUACAGCCUGGACUCCCCGGCAUGUUAUAAGAGCUGGUGCCUGGAGCCCGCCAACUUCUACGACGCCAAGGUGGGCAGCGGCGGCGGGCCGGGUCCCGCCUGCAAGCCGGGCGCCCGCGGCGGCUGCGGGAUGAGCGGCGAGGAGGCGGGGGGCGGCCUGGGGGGCACCGGCACCAACCUGGCGGAGCUGAGCGCCGCCGCCCCGGCCAUGUACGAGGACGAGAGCGCCAUCGACUUCAGCUCCUACAUUGACUCCAUGUCCGCCGUGCCCAACCUGGAGCUCUGCAACGACGAGCUCUUCGCCGACCUCUUCAACAGCAACCACAAGCCCGAGCGGGGCGGGGAAUACGGCGAGUACUUGCCACCGGGCGGCGGCGCCGGCCGCGACCCCGCCAAGGACCUCGGCGCUGCCAUGACCACCCUGCUGGGCUCCGAGCCCCGCACCGCCUCCUCCUCCUCCUCCUCCUCUUCCUCCUCCUCCUUCUCCUCCCGCGGCGCUCUGAAGCAGGAGCCGGACUGGAGCGACAGCGACCUCUCCUCCUCGCUGCUGCCCUCGCAAAUCGCCACCUGCGCCCAGACCAUCAUGAACCUGAGCGGGCAGCCCACGCCGCCCACGUCCCCCGAGCCGCCGGGCAGCAGCUCUCCCUCCAGCUGCAGCACCCGCUCGCCGGGCCCCACCGCCGCCGCCGCCGCCGUGCCCGGGCCGGCGCAGGGCGUCCCGCCGCCCGCCGCCGCCGCCGGGGGUAAGGAGCGGGGCGGCAAGAAGUGCGUGGACAGGUUUAGCCCCGAGUACCGGCAGCGCCGGGAGCGCAACAACAUCGCCGUGCGCAAGAGCCGCGACAAGGCGAAGCGGCGCAACCAGGAGAUGCAGCAGAAGCUGCUGGAGCUUUCGGCCGAGAACGAGAAGCUGCACAAGAAGAUCGAGCAGCUCACCCGGGACUUGACCAGCCUCCGGCACUUCUUCAAGCAGCUGCCCAGCGCUUCUUUCCUGCAGCCCGGCUCGGGCACGGACUGCCGGUAACCGGGGGGGAGCAGGACGGAGAGACGGACUCCGGGAGACGGUGGAUAAAUACCUCAGAGGGCCGUGCCGAGCCCUGCCGGGCCGUGCCGCGGCGCCCCGGGCCGGGCCGGGCGCGGCAUGAGGCGCGGAGCCGCGGCGGGACCUGCCGGCCCGCGGCCGCGCUCGGAAUGCGGCAGCGACGUGGAGCGAUGCCUGGGUCUUUCACCACGAAACUUGCGAAAAAGGGAAAAAAGCUAAAUAUAUUAUUUUUUUUUCUUCUCUCCCCUUAAAUUAUUUUUGUAAUGGUAGUUUUCGUCUUUUCUACAUUUUACUCAUACCGAUGCAGCUAUGGUACAUCUGUUAAAGUGAUUCAAAAUCCCAUGUAUUUUAGACAGUAGGAUGGAAAAAAAAAAAAAGACUGAGCAUGCUCAACCUUUUAUAUCAAUUUUUACAGCAUUUCUAAGAAUAAAGAAAAGCAUUUUAAGUCCA